AUGGGUAUGAUGCCAAGGAAAGUUAAAGCAGGAAGUUGUGAACCACUUCUCACGCCUCCACUUACACCUGAUAACUCUCCACCUGGGUCGGAUGAUAGUUUCAAAUCAUCUCGUGUUUCAAAAGGGCUUGAGACUGGAUGUAAAUCAAGUUCACCACUUGAAUCAGCCAUUUUUGAUUUUGAAACUUUUAUAAAUCGUAAUGUUGCACGCGCUGAGAACAUUACUGGAUUAUAUUAUGCGAGACAUAACAAAAUGAACAAUGUAAAAUCACAAGAUUCCACGACACAUACUCCUGCUCAUUUCUUUCAACUUGCAUCAGAAAAAUUUCAUCCUUCAGCGCGAUUUAAUUUAGCAUUAUGCUAUCAUUAUGGUAAAGGUGGUGUAACAUAUAACCUUCCUAAGGCUAUUGAAUAUUACACACUCGCAGCUUCUGAUGGACAUAAAAUUGCUCAAUACAAUCUUGGUGUAUUAUAUCAAAAAGGGGGUAAAGGAGUUGAAAAGGAUGUAGGGUUAAGUUUGGGAUGGUUACAAAAAGCAGCUGAAGGAGAAAAUGGAUAUUUACCUGCAAAACUUGCGAUUGCGAUGUUAUUGCAAAAUGGAGUUGAAGGUAUCAUUCCUAAAAAUGAUGACCGUGCAAAAGAAAUUUUAAAACAUCUUGUAGAAGAAAGUCGACACAAAAUUGGAAAACCUGGAACUAAUGCUAAUCAUGAUCCUAUUUUGGAAUUAACUUCAAUAUCCUCAGCAGCGCUUGCAAGGUAUUAUUUAGAGAAUUUGUCAACAAAUUCACAAUUACCGCAGCAUCAUCAACUUACAACAUCUGCUCGGUAUCACUGGGAAUAUUUGUCACAUCCACAUUCACCAGCGGCUAUCUACAAUCUUGGGGUAUUGUACGAAUUUCACUUGAACGAUAUUCAAUUGGCUGUAAAAUGUUAUAAAUUAGCUGUUCAGCUAGCGAAUAUCAACAAAUCGUUCAAUAAUAGUCAGUUACCCUCUUCAAUCAAUCAAGAAGAUCUUCAAUGCGUACAAAACGCUAUGUGGAACUUGGGUGUUAUAUUUGCAAAAGGAAAAGGAGGUUUACCAAAAGAUUUCAAGGAAGCCAAGAGAUGGUUUAAUGGAAUAAGUGAUAAAAAUCAAGAGAUGAAAAAAUUGGAAAAAUGGUUGGAUAGAAAGUUAAAGAAUGUUGAUUUAUAA